AUGGCGCUAGGGUUUUUGGUGUGUAUGUGGUUUUUGCUUUGUGGGUCUAGUUUGGGAAAUUUUGUUGUCGAGAAGAAUAGCUUGAAACUUACAUCGCCGGAGUCAAUUAAAGGAGUUUACGAAUGUGCAAUUGGGAAUUUUGGCGUUCCUCAAUAUGGAGGAACCUUAAUUGGUACGGUUGUUUAUCCAAAAGCUAAUCAGAAGGCAUGCAAGGGCUAUGAUGAAGUCGAUCUCUCCUUUAAGUCAAAGCCUGGAGGAUUGCCCACUUUUCUCCUUGUUGAUCGGGGAGAUUGUUUCUUUACCUUGAAGGCCUGGAAUGCGCAAAAUGGUGGAGCAGCAGCUAUUCUUGUUGCAGAUGAUAAGAUUGAGCCAUUGAUAACCAUGGAUACCCCUGCAGAAGAUAAUGUAAGUGUAGAAUAUUUGCAAAACAUUACCAUCCCCUCAGCCCUUAUUAGCAAAUCUUUGGGGGAUAGCAUGAAGAAAGCUCUAAGUAGUGGGGAUAUGGUUAACAUGAACUUAGAUUGGACAGAAGCUCUUCCUCAUCCCGACGAGCGUGUUGAGUAUGAAUUCUGGACAAACAGCAAUGAUGAGUGUGGACCAAAGUGUGAGAGUCAAAUUGAUUUUGUCAAGAGCUUCAAAGGAGCAGCCCAGAUACUUGAGAAGAAAGGGUACACUCAAUUCACCCCUCACUAUAUAACUUGGUACUGUCCCGAAGCAUUUAUCCUGAGCAAGCAAUGCAAGUCUCAGUGCAUCAACCAUGGGAGGUACUGUGCUCCUGAUCCUGAGCAGGAUUUCAGCCGAGGAUACGAUGGGAAGGACGUUGUGGUUCAAAAUUUACGGCAAGCUUGCUUCUUUAAAGUUGCCAAUGAAAGCAGAAAACCAUGGCUUUGGUGGGAUUAUGUGACAGACUUUGCAAUCCGUUGUCCUAUGAAAGAUAAGAAGUACAACAAAGAGUGCGCAGAUGAGGUUAUCAAGUCUCUUGGUGUUGAUCUCAAGAAGGUCGACGAAUGUAUUGGAGACCCUGAGGCAAAUGUGGACAACAAAGUUCUUAAAGUUGAGCAAGAUGCACAGAUUGGCAAAGGCUCCCGUGGAGAUGUGACUAUACUACCUACUCUUGUAAUAAACAACAGACAGUAUAGAGGAAAGUUGGACAAGGGAGCAGUUCUCAAGGCUAUUUGUUCAGGUUUCCAGGAGACUACAGAACCAGCGAUAUGUUUAAGUGAAGAGGUGCAAACCAAUGAGUGCUUGGAAAACAAUGGUGGGUGUUGGCAGGACAAAACUGCUAACCUCACUGCAUGCAAGGAUACUUUUCGAGGAAGAGUGUGUGCGUGUCCUGUAGUACGAGGCGUGAAGUUUGUUGGUGAUGGUUAUACCCAUUGUGAAGCUUCUGGAGCUUUACGCUGUGAAAUUAAUAAUGGAGGUUGUUGGAAGAAAACCCAGAAUGGCAAGACUUAUUCUGCUUGUGUUGAUAAUUCGCCAGGUUGCAAGUGUCCACCAGGAUUCAAGGGUGAUGGAAUCAACAGCUGUGAAGAUGUGGAUGAGUGCAAAGAUAAGCUGGCAUGUACAUGCCCGCAGUGCAAAUGCAAAAAUACCUGGGGCAGUUACGAUUGCAGCUGUAGUGGUGGAUUAUUGUACAUGCAAGAGCAUGACACCUGCAUAAGUAAAGAUGCGGUAACAGAGUUUAGCUGGGGCUCUGUCUGGUUCCUCAUUUUUGGUUUGGCUGCUGCCGCUGUUGCAGGAUAUGCAGUUUACAAGUACAGAAUCCGGAGAUACAUGGAUUCAGAGAUACGAGCGAUCAUGGCACAAUACAUGCCAUUGGAUAGUCAAGGAGAGGUUCAUCAUGCUACCAACAGCCACGGGGAUGUCUAA